CCCCACCCCAGCUGACGACUCACCUCACCGAAUACAUAACUCUUGCUGGGAGAAAUUCAUCCAUUUUCCAAGCCUGUUGCUGGCUGCCUUGCGUCAGGCGUGUCCAGUUCACAUCUCGCUCCAGUGCCUGUGUCAAGUUUUCCAAAUAAAGACGAAGGAACGAGGAACUGAAUACUAUCGACCAUGGCCAUGGCGCAGCGGUCGCUACAGUCGCUGGAAUUCUGCCAGCUGAGGCGCGUCGACGGGCUUCCGUCAGGCAUUAAAACGCCCAGCGCGAGCGGGAAUGGCGUCGCGUCGCUGCUUCCCGGGUCGCAGCAGAAGCAAGUGCGCGUGAAGGGCAAGGCCCGGCCGAGCAAGGGCUUUGCGUGCCGCGCCUCCGGUGGCGUCGUGGAGCUCGAGCCCGCGUCUCCCGGCAGUCCACUCCUCGUGCCUCGGCUACAGUACGCGGACUCCGUGUCGAAGACCGUUCGGCGCAAGACGCGCACGGUGAUGGUGGGCAACGUGGCGGUGGGCAGCGAGCACCCCAUCCGCGUGCAGACCAUGACCACCUCCGACACCAAGAACGUGAAGGCCACUGUAGAGGAGGUGAUGCGCAUCGCGGAUCGUGGCGCGGAGAUCUGCCGCAUCACGGUGCAGGGGCGCAAGGAGGCGGAGGCGUGCGAGCAGAUCAAGAACGCGCUCGUGCAGGCCAACUAUAACAUCCCCCUGGUGGCGGACAUUCACUUCGCGCCCACCAUCGCCCUGCGCGUGGCUGACUGCUUCGACAAGAUCCGCAUCAACCCCGGCAACUUCGCGGACACCCGCGCUGUGUUCAAGACAGUGGAGUACACGGACGAGAGCUACCAGCAGGAGCUGGAUCACAUCGAAGAGGUGUUCUCGAAGCUCGUGCUCAAGUGCAAGCAGCUGGGGCGCGCCAUGCGCAUUGGCACCAACCACGGCAGUCUCUCCGACCGCAUCAUGAGCUACUAUGGCGACUCGCCACGUGGCAUGGUGGAGUCGGCCCUGGAGUUUGCGCGCAUCUGCCGCAAGCACGAGUACCACAACUUCCUCUUCUCCAUGAAGGCCAGCAACCCCGUCGUCAUGGUCGCCGCCUACCGCCUGCUCGCCGCGCAGCUCAGGGCUGCAGGGGAUGACUGGAACUACCCGCUGCAUCUGGGGGUCACUGAGGCGGGUGAAGGGGAGGACGGGAGGAUGAAGUCCGCCAUUGGCAUUGGCGCGCUCCUGCAGGACGGGCUGGGCGACACCAUCCGAGUGUCGCUCACUGAGGCCCCGGAGGAGGAGAUUGAGCCUUGCUCUGCGCUGGCCAACUACGGCAUGCGCGCUGCACAGCUGGGCAAGGGCGUGGAGGACUUCGAGGAGAAGCACCGCAGCUAUUUUGAGUUCUCCCGCCGCUCCGGCCAGCUGCCCCUGCAGAAGGAGGGCGACGCCAUUGACUUCAGGGGCAUGCUGCACCGCGACGGUUCCGUGCUCAUGUCUGUUGAUUCUGCCAUGCUCAAGAGCCCCGAGACCCUCUACCGCGCUCUGGCGUGCAAGAUGGCCGUCGGCAUGCCCUUCAAGGACCUGGCCACAGUGGACAGCAUUCUGCUGAGGGAGCCACCAGCUGCUGAUGACAAGGAAGCUCGCCUGGCUCUGCGGCGGCUGCAGGAGGUGGGGGUGGGCGUGCUGGUGCCAGUUGAAGCCCUCUCAGCCUCGCCUCUCCCCAACGCCGUUGCCCUCAUUACUCUGGAGCAAGCCAAGCUGGGUGCACACAAGCACUUGCCACAGGGCGCUGCCCGCUUUGCCGUGACUCUGCAGGGCGACGAGGCUGAGGAGGAGCUGCAGGCGCUGGUGGGGCUGGACGCCGUGAUGCUGCUGGCGCACGUGCCGCCGCAGGCAGAGGACUGCACACUCAGCCGCGUGCACGCCAGCCGCAGGCUGUUUGAGUUCCUCCAGACCAAUAACAUCACGACACCUGUCAUCCACCACAUCCGCUUCCCCGAUGGCACUUCCAAGGAUGACCUCGUGCUGCAAUCCGGUGCUGAGGCCGGUGCUCUGCUGGUGGACGGGCUGGGCGACGGCGUGCUGCUGGAGGCGCCCGCCCACGACAUGGAGUUCCUGCGCAACACGUCCUUCGGCAUGCUGCAGGGCUGCCGCAUGAGGAACACCAAGACGGAGUUUGUGUCGUGCCCGUCGUGCGGGCGCACGCUGUUUGACCUGCAGGAAGUCACUGCCUCCAUCCGCGAGCGCACCUCCCACCUGCCUGGCGUCGCUAUCGCCAUCAUGGGGUGCAUUGUGAACGGGCCUGGCGAGAUGGCUGACGCUGACUUCGGCUAUGUGGGGGGGGCACCUGGCAAGAUCGACCUCUAUGUGGGCAAGGAGGUGGUGCAGCGCGGCAUCCCCAUGGAGGAGGCGACGGACGCGCUGGUGAAGCUGAUCAAGGACCACGGCCGCUGGGUGGAGCCCGCCAAGGAGGAGGAGGAGCAGGCGGUGGCCGCCUGAACCAGUGCUUGAGGCGCCUCACAGCAUGCUGAAUGAAGACGUGGCACAAUCUGGGUGCUGCGGCAUGGGGAGGAGCACGAUGCGUGAUGCAUGAUUUGUGGUGUGCUUGAGAGCAUGGUGGUUGUGCAAUGCGCGCUCUCGGAGGUGUCAGAGUGAAAGGAUAGUGAGUGGGGGAUGGAUGGAGAGCAAGCACCCUUGUCGCUGAAAGGAUCAUAGGUGCAGAGCAGAGUUGAGUUGCGUUGCGUGUAAAGCUUGGGUGCUGCUGGAUAGUGGGCCAUUUGUGACACACUAAUGUUUUUCCUCGUUCAUUAUUGUUCAUACUGCUUCCGCCACACUAACCAUUCACUAUUUUCACAUGGAAAGGCAUGCGCGAUCUCUGAAAUUAGA